AUGAGCAAAAGGGGACACAAAGAUGAGCAAAAGUUCAUAACAUCUGCUUGGAGGCAACAAAAGAAUCUGGAGGGAUAUGUUGGCUUUGCAAGCCUUCCUAACCAAGUGUACAGGAAGUCUGUCAAGAGGGGCUUUGAGUUCACACUGAUGGUUGUGGGUGAAUCGGGGCUGGGCAAAUCUACGCUGAUCAACUCUCUCUUCCUAACAGACCUGUAUUCAGCAGAGUACCCUGGACCCUCCCACAGAAUCAAAAAGACUGUACAGGUGGAGCAGUCCAAAGUGUUAGUAAAGGAAGGCGGUGUCCAGCUCCUGCUCACGAUAGUUGACACUCCAGGGUUUGGAGAUGCUGUUGACAACAGCAACUGUUGGCAGCCAGUCAUUGACCACAUCGACAGCAAGUUUGAGGACUACCUGAACUCUGAGUCGCGGGUAAACAGACGACAAAUGCCCGACAGCAGAAUCCACUGCUGUCUGUAUUUCAUUGCCCCCUCUGGACAUGGAUUGAAGCCCCUGGACAUUGAGUUCAUGAAACGAUUGCACGAGAAGGUCAAUGUCAUCCCUCUGAUCGCCAAAGCCGACACCCUUACACCAGAGGAGUGUCAACAGUUUAAAAAACAGAUCAUGCGGGAAAUCCAAGAGCACAAAAUCAAGAUCUAUGAGUUCCCUGAGACGGAUGAUGAAGAGGAGAACAGGCUGGUUAAGAAGAUCAAGGACAAGUUACCCUUGGCUGUAGUGGGGAGCAACACCAUCAUUGAGGUGAAUGGAAAGCGAGCCAGAGGGAGACAAUACCCCUGGGGUGUGGCAGAAGUUGAAAACAGUGACCACUGUGACUUCACCAUCCUUCGGGACAUGCUCAUCAGAACCCACAUGCAAGACUUGAAGGAUGUGACCAACAAUGUCCACUAUGAGAACUACCGCAGUAGGAAGCUGGCCGCUGUCACCUACAAUGGAGUGGACAAUAACAGGGCUAAAGGUCAACUUUCCACCAAACUUGACACAGUUGAAGGAAUAAGUCCCCUGGCCCAAAUGGAGGAGGAGAGGAGAGAGCAUGUGGCUAAGAUGAAGAAGAUGGAGAUGGAGAUGGAGCAGGUGUUUGAAAUGAAAGUCAAGGAGAAGGUGCAGAAACUUAGAGACUCUGAGGCCGAGCUACAGCGCCGUCACGAGCAGAUGAAGAAGAACCUGGAGGCCCAGCACAAGGAGCUGGAGGAGAAGAGACGCCAGUUUGAGGAGGACAGGGCCAACUGGGAGGCGCAGCAGCGCCUAGAGCAACAGAAACUGGACGCAUCCAGAACUCUGGAUAAAAACAGAAAAAAAGGUAAAAUCUUCUAAAGGACAGUUGGACCAGCCCAAGUCAACUUCCUGGGUUCUUUUUUUUUAUUUUUUAUUUUUUAUUUUUGCCAACGUCGCCAUCAGGACACUUCCACCCCCCAACCCCUCUCCUAUUCUGCUCAUUCUCCUCCAACUGCCAGCACAGCUGUGAUCCUCCUCUUGGCCUUCGGGGGGGGGGGGGGCUACUGGGGGCUUGGAUGGGUGGGUGGUAUCUGCAUGGACUGCCAGAGCCACCGCCAGAGAUUUCUCUCGCUGCCUCGGGACUCAUCCAAGGAGUGGGUUGACCUUUAAUUCCAUGUUAAAAGAAAAAAGGCCAAACCCAUAUGAUUAUCGGUGUUGUUAUGGUUAUUGAUGUUAUUACUGAAAUACUGCCCCCAGUGCCUCCCUCCCCUGUUGCUCUGUCUGCUCAUCCCAAGGUGUAAUGGUAGACUUGCAAAGUAAAAGAAAAACAGGUGUUUUACAAUCAUCUCCCAGUGAAUUGUAUUAUGCAUCCAAACCCGACUCCAUAAUGUAUUGAGGAAGGGAAAGCAUUGGCUGAAAAUCAUUUUGGUUUGUUCGUUUUAAAUUUAACAAGAUAAACACCCCCCUCACCACCACCCAUGAAGCAUAGCAAGACAUAAUCCAUGUCAGCAUGAACCAUGUGAAAUCAGGAAAAAGGAGGAUCAAAGGACCUUGGGCUUUUAUAAAUUAAUCGAAAUCCACCCCCCGUCCUCUGUUUAGCUAUUCCCACUAGCCUUGGACCACCGUUUAUAACUUCAUAAGUGCUAUAUUUCAGUUUAUUUUUAUAUAUAUAUAUAUAAAUAUAUACCCGAGCCAGCUAAAGUAAUACCUUCUUUGUUGUGUUGGGUGAAUUUCUCAAGAGACUGUGCCGAGUUGAGUGAAGACGAACUGUUGAGAGUGUGAGUGGCUUUGGACCCUCCACCCUCCAGUUUACUGGCUUCAUUAGAAAGGAGUUAAGCAAAUGGGUUUAGACUACUGAAACAACUUUGGUUGGGGAUUGCAACUGUCCACAAAAAUCCAACGAGGCAGGCAUUUAUCCCGGGUCUGUCCCUUACAGGGGGACCUGGGGUCGCUCCCAUUCUGAAUACAUUUGCUGAACAGUGAGCGUUUUCCAGUAACUCCGGGUAUUGAGUCAGUGGGAAAUCAGAGUCAACAUCACACCUUGCUUUGGCUAUGUACUCCAUCUCUGUAUUUUUAAUUUUAUUUUUCAUUUGUAUUGUAAAAAGUCACUUAAUAAACCUGUGAUGAUAUCAAG